GUUGGCUAUAGUACUGAUUUGAAGCUGUUUGAAGUAACUUCAAUUCAAACUUGCACUUGACUCUCGGGUGUUGACCUUGCACAACGUUUUCAAUCGCCGGCCGGUUCAAAAUCUGUAUCUACUUAAUUCAACAGUAUUAUAUAUUGUUAUUUAAGAGUAUUUUGGAUAUCACAUCAGAUACAAGAUUCGAGAUGUCUAUACGUUGGGGUAUUAUAACUGCUGGCAAAAUUAGCCAUGAUUUUGUUAACGCUGUCAAUACUUAUCCGGAUAAAGGUGAUAUGGUUAUAGCUGCAGUUGCAGCUCGGGAUAAAUCCAGAGCCGAAGAGUUUGCGAAAACUCACAAAAUACCCAAAGUGUUCAGUACUUACGCGGAAAUGGCGAAAAGCAACGAUAUAGACGUUGCUUACAUCGGCGCUCUUAAUCCAGACCAUUACUCUCUCACUAAGCUAUUCCUCGAAUCGGGAAAACAUGUUCUUUGCGAGAAGCCAUUGUGUUUGAACUAUAAACAAACACAAAGUUUGAUCAACAUUGCCAAGAAUAAAAAACUCUUCCUCAUGGAAGCGGUGUGGUCUCGCUUCUCGCCUGUCUACAUCGCUUUAGAAAAAGAGAUACAAGCGGGAAAGAUAGGAGAGCCCCAAUUCCUGGACGUCAACUUUGGUGUACCAAUUGUAACGGUUGAAAGAUUGUACAAAAAGGAUUUAGGUGGAGGUGCCAUUCUUGACCUUGGAGUUUAUACAUUACAACUAGCCCAAUACGUUUUCAAAGAUGAACCCAUAAAAGUGACUGCAGUUGGUGAACUGAAUGACGAAGGAGUUGAUCUAGUAGAUACGGUUAUUUUGGAAUACAAGGGUGGCAGACGAGCUGUGCUCAACAUACAUUCCAAAUUAAGAUUGUGGAACAAGGCAACCAUUGUUGGCCCCCUUGGAAGAAUCACACUCGAGGAUCCUUUCCAUUUCCCCGACACAAUCACCCACGUCGACGGCAAAGUGGAAAAGAUCCCGCUACACACAUCUAGCCUUGAGUAUAACUUUGCAAAUAGCGCCGGAUUAGUUUAUGAAGCUCUUGAAACGGCCAAAUGCAUUAGAGAGGGAUUGAUAGAGUCGCCACGUAUGUCCCACAAAGACUCUCUCAUACUGGCAAAACUCAUGGACACCGUGCGGAAGCAAGUCGGAGUGCAUUUUGACGUUGACGACCAGAAUUUUUAAAUAAUUUUAUAACAAUUCACCACCCAUACCAACAAUAUACUAACGGAAACUUGCAAAUACAAUAUAAUCUUUAAACAGU